GGCAUGAGCAGGCACCAUGCAGUGCGCCUUCUUCUAAAGGAGAGGGGAGGAAAAGUAAUGGAGUUAUCCCGAUUGGAUUUCUCCAGAAAAUUCCUCCAGAAAGAGCUCGGCUUUCAUCCCGCGCAGGUAAACUGCAUCUUAGCCCUCCCCUAUAGGAAGGGCUUCGAUGUCAGUUUUGCUAACGCCAGCUUCCUGAGGGAGUUCUGGGGGAAACUCCAGAACGCCCUGAACACCCAGGGGUCCCUCACAGCAAUGUUUGAGGUGACCAAGCUGACGGAUAAUAGCAUUAAAACAGUUAUUAUCCGUAUGUACAAUGAAACCGUACAGCCGGAGGACGUUGCAGUAUGGCUGGACAGGUACUGCAACGUGAAGGGUCCCCUGAUCCAGGUUAAAGACCUCGAUGGGAUCUGGACAGGGGCCUGGAGGGUCACUGUCCAGCAAAGGGAGGACCCUGGGGGCUAUGGUGGGUUGAAAGCCAUCCCAUCCACCAUAGUCCUCGGAGAGAACAGGGGCCAUGUUCACUACCAGGACCAGCCCAAGCUGUGCCGUAAGUGUGGUGAACAUGGCCACCUUGCAGACGCCUGUCAGAAGGUGGUCUGCAUGAAGUGCCGGGAGGUGGGCCACCGCUACGAGGAAUGCACGAAUGGAAGGUCGUGCAACCUCUGUGGCGAGCGGUCCCACCUCAUCCGCGACUGCCCCUCCUCCUGGGCCAACAGGGCCAAGGCGGGAAGGAGGAAGUGGGCGGCCGCGGACCGGGCAUACGAGCGCCAGAGGGCUGGAACGGCAGUUGCCGAGGUGGUUGUGGAGGAGCCGGUGGUAGUGGAGGAGCCGGUAGCAGUGGUGGUGGUGGAGGAGACAGUUGUGGAGCCGGUGGUGGUGGUUGUAGUGGAGGACGCGGAAGGUGCAGUGGUGGAAGAAGUGGGUGGAGAGGACAAAACCCUCCCCACCCCAACCCCCCUGCCCCAGACUAAUGUGACCCCUGAAGGAGAAAGUGCCGAGAAAGACGGCUCUGGAGAGAUUUUCAGUGAAAGCUCCCCAAGCGGGUCAGACAUCAUAGGGUCGGUGUCGGAAAGCACCAUGGAGACGGUGUCAGAAGGUACGGGGGAGGAGGGGAAGAGUCUGGAGUUAUACCUCCCGCCACGUAAAAGAAAUGUUGAGGAGCUCUCUGACCCCGAACAGGGCGAGGAGAAAAAGGGAAAGGUGGAGUGGGAGAGCUCCCAGGGGGAGGAGGAACCCAGAACCUUCCCCUCCAACUCCCCCAAUCAAGUCUCCUUUUUAAGUCCUGUUUUAACCUCCUCUCCCUUCCAAACCCCUUUACCCCAGAGGGAGAGAGAGAAAGUCCCUGAGAACUAACCCCCUUUUAACUGUUCAAUGCCUUUGCUUUUAGCACUGUUUUUAUUCACCCCUUUUAUGGCUUUUAAAAUCACCACAAUAAAUGUGAGGAGUGUUAGAACAGCAAUAAGAGCACAGUCGGUUUUAUCCUUUUUAGAAAGGUUUAACUCUGAUGUGUUUUUACUACAGGAGUGUGGCCUA